CCGCAGCUGCUCCCUCGGUCCAGUGCCGCAGCCGGAAAACCGCAGCGGUGGCGGCGGCGGCGGCGGCCGCGGGGGCGCGAAGGAACCGGGCGUGAAGGGGGAAAGCCCUGAGGGCGUCACCGAUAAGGCGGGAGCUGAGAGCCGGCGGCGGCGUCUCCCGGGCGGCGGACGCGGGGCGGCGGCGGGGGGCGCGGAGGAGGGCCGGCCGCCGUGAUUUUGACGUUUCCUGAGCGUCGUGCCGCCGGCCGCCCCCGCCCGCGCCCCUGCGCCCGCGGCCUGACGGAGGGAGCGCAGCCUCGCCAUGGCGGGCCUCGGGCCCCGGCGCCGGCGCUGAGCCCCCGGCCGCCCCGCGCUGCAGCCGCCGCCCCCGCCGGGCGGCCGAGCGCAGACAAAGGGGAGCGGCGUCGCUCACGCGCGCUCGCGGGCGGGCGGCGGGGGCGGCGGCCGGUCCCGGGCCCGGCGGCGGCGGCGGCCGGAGGCGGGGGCUCCCCGCGCGCGGACCCCGAGCCGCCCCGCCGUCCGCGCGCCAUGUGAGCGCCCGCGCCGGGCGCCCAGCACCCCGCGACCAUGGGGGACGCCGCGGAGCCGCGCGAGCUGCGGAGGACGUUCAUUGUCCCCGCCAUCAAGCCCUUCGACCACUACGACUUCGCCCGCGCCAAGAUCGCCUGCAACCUGGCCUGGCUGGUGGCCAAGGCCUUCGGGACAGAAAAUGUGCCAGAGGAGCUCCGAGAGCCGUUCUACACCGACCAGUACGACCAGGAGCACAUCAAGCCACCCGUCGUGCACCUGCUGCUGUCGGCCGAGCUGUACUGCCGGGCCGGCAGCCUCAUCCUGAAGAGCGACGCCGCCAAGCCGCUGGUGGGCCACGACGCCGUGGUGCAGGCCUUGGCGCAGAAGGGGCUCUACGUCACCGACCAGGAGCGGCUGGUGACCGAGCGGGACCUGCAGAGGAAGCCCAUCCAGAUGAGCGCCCACCUGGCGAUGAUAGACACCCUGAUGAUGGCCUACACGGCGGAGAUGGUCAGCGUGGAGAAGGUCAUCGCGUGCGCCCAGCGGUACUCCACCUUCUUUCAGGCCACCGACCUGCCCUACGACAUCGAGGACGCCGUCAUGUACUGGAUAAAUAAGGUAAACGAACAUCUGAAGGACAUUCUGGAGCAGGAACAGAAACUGAAGGAGCAUCACACAGUGGAAGCCCCAGGAGGUCAAAAGUCUCCUUCCAAGUGGUUUUGGAAACUGGUGCCCGCGCGCUACCGGAAGGAGCAGACGCUGCGGCCGCUGCCGUGCAUCCCGCUGGUGGAGAACCUGCUGAAGGACGGGACGGACGGCUGCGCGCUGGCCGCCCUCAUCCACUUCUACUGCCCCGGCGUCGUCAGGCUGGAGGAUAUUUGUUUGAAAGAAACCAUGUCUUUGGCUGACAGCCUGUACAACCUGCAGCUGGUCCAGGAGUUCUGCCAGGAGCACCUGACCCAGUGCUGCCACUUCUCGCUGGAGGACAUGCUCUACGCCGCCGCCUCCAUCAAGAGCAACUACCUGGUGUUCAUGGCCGAGCUCUUCUGGUGGUUCGAGGUGGUGAAGCCGUCCUUCGUCCAGCCCCGCGUCCUUCGUGCACAGGGAGCGGAGCCUGCAGUGCGGGCCCCGGACACCCGCGCAAGCACCGUGGACAGCUCCCAGGGCCCGGCGAGCGCGGAAGGAGAUGCGUUCCCACACCGUCAUCACUUGCCUUCCAGACACUCACGCCCCCAACCUCCUUCUUCAGCCUCAGGGGGAAUCAGAAGGUCUUCAUCUAUGUCUUACGUUGAUGGCUUCAUAGGGACAUGGCCCAAGGAAAAAAGAUCGUCGGUGCACGGAGUUUCAUUCGAUAUUUCUUUUGAUAAAGAAAACACGGUGCCGAGAGGCGCCCCGAACCGAGGCCUCCCCCGCUCCGCCAGCAACGAAGGCCUCUCUCUGAACCGCCGAGUGUCUGAAACCACGAGGAAGAGCCUGUCCUUCAAGCCCGUCAACGGGGAGGGGGAGGCAGGGAGCAUCGAGGAGGAGCUGAGCACAGACCCCGGCGGAGGCUUCCCCGCCUACGUGCCCCACCCCCCGCACAAGCUCAGCUCCAGCGAGAACACCCGCUCCCAGCUCCCCAACGGAGCCCUGCCGCCCGGGCUCCUCCUGGACGAGCUGGGCAACCAGGUGGAGGCGCCGAGCAUCGAGGAGGCGCUGCAGAUCAUCCACGACACGGAGCGGCGCCCCCUCGCGCCCCCGCCCGGCCACGUGGCCAACGGCUUCUUCCUGCACAGCCAGGACCUGAGCCCCCUGAACGCCAACCUGCAGCUGCGCCCGCCCAGCCCUGACCGCCUGACCGACACCAAAGGUGCCUUGAGCCCCGUGACCGACGACACCGAGGUGGACACCGGCAUCCACGUGCCGUCGGAGGACCUCCCGGGCACGGUGGACGAGGACUCCUCGCUGCGGGACUACACCGUCAGCCUGGACUCCGACAUGGACGACGCGCCCAAGCUCCUGCAGGACUACGACCUGCGCCCCGGCAGCGCGCGCGAGGCCCCGAGCCCCUGCCCCAGCACCGUGAGCACCCGCUCCCAGCCCGGCAGCAGCGCCUCCUCCAGCUCCGGCGUCAAGAUGACCAGUUUUGCCGAGCAGAAGUUCCGGAAGCUGAACCACACGGACGGCAGGAGCAGCGGGAGCAGCUCUCAGAAGACCACGCCCGAGGGCUCGGAGCUGAACAUCCCGCACGUGGUGGCCUGGGCCCAGAGCCCGGAGGACGCGGGCCCGCCCGGCCGGGACAGCACGCAGCUGCUGGCCUCGGAGGUGCUGCAGCUGCACAUGCGGCUGGAGGAGAAGCGGCGCGCCAUCGAGGCCCAGAAGAAGAAGGUGGAGGCCGCCUUCACCCGGCAGCGGCAGAAGAUGGGCAGGACGGCUUUCCUCACGGUGGUGAAGAAGCGGGGGGACGGGGGCGCCCCGCUGCGGGAGGAAGCGGCCGGGGCCGAGGACGAGAAGGUGUUCAGCGAGCGGGCGCCGGAGCGGGAGCUGCCCAGGGCCAGCGGGCAGCGGAGCAAGUCUCUGGCGGACAUCAAGGAGGGCCUGGAAGGCGCCCCUGCCCCGUGGCCGACGUCGCCCACGGACCCUGAGCGGCCCUGGGGGGCGGCGAGCCCCCCGGAGGAGCCGGCGCCCGAGGGCGAGGUGCUGGAGUACACGCGGUCCAUCGAGAAGCUGAACGCCUCGCUGCACUUCCUGCAGCAGGAGAUGCAGCGCCUGUCGCAGCAGCAGGAGGCGCUGAUGCGGAUGCGCGACCGCCAGUCCUGGGUGAUCUCCCCUCCCCAGCCCGCGCCCCACAGGCCGGCCCGCGACCCCCGGCCCGCCCGGCCGGGCCCGUCCCCCGAGCCCCCGCGGCCCACCCACCCGUCCCCGCAGCCCAUCCACAGGAAGAGCGCGUCCUUCUCCAUCAAGACCCCGCGGACCCCGCGGCCCAACGAGCUGAAGAUCGCGCCCCUGAACCGCACGCUGACGCCGCCCCGCUCGGUGGACAGCCUCCCGCGGCUGCGGCGGUUCUCCCCCAGCCAGGUGCCCAUCCAGACGCGCUCCUUCGUGUGCUUCGGGGACGACGGGGAGCCCAGACCCGGGAAGGACGGCGCGGACGCCCCGGAGGCCUCGGAGCCGCCCGCGCGGCCCCCGGGGGAGGCGGGGAAGCCCGUGGAGUCCAGCGUGUCCGAGGUGCUGGCCCAGCCCGUGACGGAGACCGUGUGCCUGACGCCCAGCGCGGACCCGCCCGGCUGGCCCGCGGAGCCCGCUCCCCGGCCGGCCUUCCCGCCCUCGGCCCCCAAAAACGUCAGCCUCAUCGAGGUGUCCCUCUCGGACUUGAAGCCCCCAGAGAAGGCUGACGUGUCUUUGGAGAAAGAGGACGGAGAAAGUGACAGAGAGCAGCUCGACGACGAGCAGAAAGUGUGCUGCGGGUUCUUCUUCAAGGACGACCAGAAGGCAGAGGACGACAUGGCGCUGAAGCGGGCGGCGCUGCUGGAGAAGCGGCUGCGGCGGGAGAAGGAGACGCAGCUCCGCAAGCAGCAGCUGGAGGCAGAGAUGGAGCACAAGAAGGAGGAGACGAGGCGGAAGACGGAGGAGGAACGUCAGAAGAAGGAGGACGAGAGGGCGCGCAGGGAGUUCAUCCGGCAGGAGUACCUGAGGCGCAAGCAGCUGAAGCUCAUGGAGGACAUGGACACGGUGAUCAAGCCCCGUCCGCCCACCGCCAAGCAGAAGAAGCAGCGCCCCAAGUCCAUGCACCGAGACCACAUGGAGCCCCCCAAGACCCCCACCCAGGGCCCUCCAGUCUCUAGCCUCUCCCUGGCGUCACUGACUACGGGCGACAGCGAGAGCGUGCAGUCCGGCAAGAGGACGCCCAGGACCAAAGCUCUACAAGGAGCCCAGCGCCAAGUCCAACAAGCACAUCAUCCAGAACGCGCUGGCGCACUGCUGCCUGGCGGGCAAGGUGAACGAGGGCCAGAAGAAGCGGAUCCUCGAGGAGAUGGAGAAGUCGGACGCCAACAACUUCCUGAUCCUGUUCCGGGACUCGGGCUGCCAGUUCCGGUCUCUGUACACCUACUGCCCGGAGACGGAGGACAUCGCCAAGCUGACCGGGAUCGGCCCCAAGUCCAUCAGCAAGAAGAUGAUCGAGGGCCUUUACAAGUACAACUCCGACAGGAAGCAGUUCAGCCACAUUCCCGCGAAGACGCUGUCGGCCAGCGUGGACGCCAUCACCAUCCACAGCCACCUGUGGCAGAGCAAGCGGCCCGUGACACCCAAGAAGCUGCUGCCCACGAAGGCGUAGGAUCGGGGUUCGCUCCGGGACCUUCGUGGGGACCGCCGCCGCCUCCUUGCAGGGGAGCCUCCCUGAUCGCCAGCCCACGCGUGUUCGCCGCACUGGGCGCAGCUGCUGCCAGCGGCUGGCGCUCCACCGGGCGGGGGCGGGUUCUCCUCGCCGGUGGUGCCCAUGGCGAUGGACGCCGGUCCGGUGGCGGGCGUGGCCGCACCGGCGCAGGCCAGGGGCACGGAGCCCGCCUCACACUGUCGGACUGAAGGGAAAACGGCGAGGGUACAGAAUAUGGGUUUAUCUGUUGCUUUUUUAACACUUUCCAUGUAUGUGCUUGUCCUCAUGUUUAUUUUGAUGCCUUUCUCUCCGUGGGGUUUAUUCCGAGGUCCCUGUGUUUUGUUUCCCGUGGGGAUCACGGAGGGAGGUGGCCGCGCAGGCCGCACGCUUCCUGUGACGCGCGGGGCCCUGGUGUUGGUCUGACGAGACCUCGUGUUUCCCGGUGUCCGAGCGUCGGAGUCGCAGUAAGCGUGCCCGCCUGUGUUUCUCACUCACUAGUAUUAACGGUCUCUGCUCGCGGGGGUGUGGGAGCUGCUGGGGUUGGCGGAGCCCCCGGAGCUCAGCCAAGAGCACGUUGCGGGUUAAUCAGUGUUGUCUGCUUCCCGCCCGAGGGCCGGCCGCCCGAGCUGGGGCGGGAGCGGCUCUUUUCCUCAUUUUAUUUAUAACUGACAUCCAAACCCUAUUAGAACUUACACAUGUACAAAGGGCUACACUUUAAUUUUAAAACAGCUUCCAUGACUUCGCUUACGUUGAGUUUUUCUUCUCCUGUAUCCCAUCCGAGAGGGCGGCUCAGAGCGAGCGCACACACGUGCCGUGGGAGCCUCGUUCUCAGGAAGAUGUGGGCGAUCAUGUGACCGGGCGAUCAUGGGACCCGGGUGCAGGUGGGUGCGGCAGCCGUGGGCCUUGGGGAGCCUAGGGGAGCGUCAGCGGGUCAGACAGGAGGGUAGAGGCUCACGUGCACGCGGUUCUCAGAGUCGUUAGAGUCGCUAGCAUCUCCUGGGAUGCACGUACUUAUUUGGAGAGACAGUGGGGACGGAUGUCGGAUGGGGCUUUCCCGUCCCAGGCCCUUCGGGCAUCCGCGCCUCGGAGUUACCGACAUUCUCAAUGCUGUCGAUAUCGUCCUGUAAUUUAUGUUCUUAUAUUUAUGUAUAUUUGUUAAAACUGUAAAAAAUUCACAGAUUUUUUUCCCAAUAUCUGUGCAAGAUGUAUGUGUAGCUCAAACUACUCGUGACCUGCUGUCUGCAUGUGAGAGGGGCCGUGUGGCUCUCGUGUUGUAAGUGGAUACACGCCGUGUGUAACAUGCGCAUUAAAACGGGGAAACGCACACGUUACCGUUCAGUCUGUCCGGUUAGGAGGCACAGUUACCAAAUGGCGUUUAGAUUAAGACUGGCUUAAAAAGGAGUAAAUAAACCGAAUUAAAAUGUGGCAAAUAGUCAUCAAAAAGAGAAUUAGUGAGCAUCGUACAUAACUAAAUUUGGUAUUUUUUUUUUUAACGUAUUUUUAUUGGUUUCAGAGAGGAAAGGAGAGGGGGAGAGAAACAUCAUGGAUCGGCUGCCUCCUGCAGGCCCCGCACUGGGGAUUGAGCCCGCAACCUGGGCAUGUGCCCUGACCAAGAAUCGAACGCAGGACCCUUUGGUCUGCAGGCCGACGCUCUAUCCACGGAGCCAAGCCGGCCAGGGCUACAUCUGGUCUCUUAAACCAGGUCUGGCUUCCGCAGCGUCUUCCUCAUGUCGCCAGGACAUGAAAUUUUCAACAACUGGACGUAGGUCCGUGGGGGCAGAGUCACGGCCAGCAGCCGCCCGCUGGUCUCCCGUGUGCGUGGGUCCCGCAGCCGCCGCCUCCAAAGGUAGAGUAUGGUGUCGCCGCAGCAGCCCGCCACCCUCAGUGUAGCAUCUGCUUCCUUGAGGUGCAGCCGUUUUUAAAAAUCAUGUCUGAAGAGUUCGAUGCAGAUCAUGGGCUCGUCGGUCCUGGGGGUUCUCACGACCCGCUGGCUGACACACACCGAGGUGCACCUGCCGCGCUCCGGAGCCUUCUGCCCUCGCGGCCUGGGGGUGGGGGGGACUGUCAUGGUGUCCUCUGGCCCCUGAGAGCCGGGCCAGCCUUUCCUGGGGACUUCCUGGCGCCACCCACCUGCCCACAGGCGCACGGCCCCCGCACAGUGUGGCUCUCCUCGCCCGAAUAAACGCAUGGCACCCGGA